GGCAGACUGUUACUCUAGUGACACAGCCUGUGGUUACCAAGGAAACUGCCAUCUCCAAACUGGAAAUGCCAUCUUCUUUGCUGUUGGAGGUACCUGCUCUGGCAGACUUCAACCGAGCUUGGACAGAACUUACAGACUGGCUUUGUCUGCUUGAUCGAGUUAUAAAAUCACAGAGGGUGAUGGUGGGUGAUCUGGAAGACAUCAAUGAGAUGAUCAUCAAACAAAAGGCAACACUACAAGAUUUGGAACAGAGGCGCCCCCAAUUGGAAGAACUCAUUACUGCUGCCCAGAAUUUGAAAAACAAAACCAGCAAUCAAGAAGCUAGAACAAUCAUUACUGAUCGAAUUGAAAGAAUUCAGAAUCAGUGGGAUGAGGUACAGGAACAUCUUCACAACCGGAGACAGCAGUUGAAUGAAAUGCUAAAGGAUUCAACACAGUGGCUAGAAGCAAAGGAAAAGGCUGAACAGUUCAUAGGACAGGCCAAAGCCAGGCUUGACUCAUGGAAAGAGGGUCCUCACAUGAUGGAUGAAAUCCAAAAGAAGAUCUCAGAAACCAAGCAGUUGGCCAAAGACCUCCGCCAAUGGCAGAUAAAUGUAGAUGUGGCAAAUGACUUGGCACUGAAACUUCUUCGGGACUAUUCUGCAGAUGACACCAGAAAAGUACACAUGAUAACCGAGAAUAUCAACGCUUCUUGGGGAAACAUUUAUAAAAGAGUGAGUGAGCGAGAGGGUGCUUUGGAAGAAACUCAUAGGUUACUGCAACAGUUCCCUCUGGACCUGGAGAAGUUUCUUUCCUGGAUUACAGAAGCUGAAACAACUGCCAAUGUCCUCCAAGAUGCUUCCAGGAAGGAGAAACUGCUAGAAGACUCCAAGGGAGUCAGAGAACUGAUGAAACAAUGGCAAGUAAGUUGAGUGUGCUUUACCACUCUUGUGAGUCCAAAUGAAGCCUUCUUAGCAUUUGUACUUGAUAUUGACAAACUGGGGUUAGUAUUUUUCCCUGGUGUUAGAAGGGACUUACACGUGCAUCCACGUGAAGGGAUGCACUCUUGGACUGGACACAUGGGAGAGAACCCAGGCCCGGCCCAGGAUGAUGUG